UACAGUUUUGGUGAGCUUAAGUCUUUCUUUUUGCUCCGCACAGCAAGCUGUGCACAACACCAGGCGUCAUGUCAGGGCUUAACACUUCUCUGGCCUACUUCUUAACUGUGGUAGGAGCGAGUGCAGUCGGAAGGGUGCUGUUCACACGCUUGAAACAGCGGUGGAGUUUCCUAACAGAAUUCAUUGCUGCAUUUGCGCUUGCUGCCUGUAGACUAGAAGUGGCGACUAUUUCAGAGGUUGGUCAAUGGGCUGGUGCACUAGGGCCAGAUGUGGCCUUCACAAUACUUUUCCUAGCUUUAGUCAUCCAUGGUAUAAUCAUGCAAGGUGUGAGUGGCAAUCCAGCUGUGACCAUAACGGCACACCUCCAGAAAGAAAUUGGUGUUGUUGCAGCAGUUCUUAGCGUUGCGUCACAGUUUCUUGGUGCAUAUCUUGCCCUAUUAGUUGCUGGUAAAUACUGGGAGAUGGAGCUGACAGACAUGCAUAUGAUCAAGAAUCUGAUGAUGGCAGAGUGCAGUACUUCUUUGAGAGCCACACUGGUACAAGGAGCCUUUGCGGAAGCUAUUUGUGCAAUGACUUUUUACCUCGUUCAUGUCGUUCUAAAAAACAGGACACAGCUGCUGAGAAUUCCCAUCUUGGCUUUUUUGCUAACUUUCUUCGCCUAUGCAGGAAAUAACUACACCUCUGGAUAUGUGAAUCCAUCCCUCGCUUUUGCGCUCACAUUCACUUGUCCUGGACAUACCUUCUUGGAAUAUGCUGUUGUCUACUGGCUCGGGCCUCUUGUUGGUAUGAUUCUUGCACUGUUCCUGUAUUUGGGCAAUAUUCCAUUGUUGUUCAACAGGAAUCUACUUUACUCCAAGAAGGCACGUUUCCGGGUGCCAAAGGGGAAAAAUUCUGAUGAUAUUAAGACCAACUGAGAAACAUGAAAAUCGACAUUAAUAUACAGUUUUAUGUGCCCUUUGGAAUAGUUUUCCUCUCAUUAUGUUUUUGUUUUUAUGUUUGAAUUUCCUCACCUUACAUUAGCCAUUGUUUUACUAUAGUAAUAUUGUACCAACAAUGAUUGGAGUAACCAUGGUUAAUCUUGUGGUUACUAUGGUUUUACCACAGAUAUCAUGGUUACUGUACAGAGGUCUGCACGGACCUUAAAAUGCACUCUCUUUAUCAUUUCUUCUCCAUGCAAGUAUUAUUGCAAUUGGCUGUAUUUUAUGUAAACAUCAUAGGCAACAUUCGUAACAGUAUUUUUAACAGUAAACAUACACUGUUUUAACAAGGCACUGUGACUCCUCUGCACAUUAGAGCAGUAGAGGGGGAAACAUUAGCUUAAUGUUUAUCAAGCGCCAAAACGUGCUUGGUGCAGACUGAUUUGAAAUCAUGUGUAACAUUGUAACACAUUUCAUAUUAUGUCCUCUUUGCUGUCUGAAGUUUUUCAGAACGUCUAACCUUUGUGACAGCUUAGGUUAGCCUGGUUAUUUUUCAUUAAUUCCGAACCCAAUAUCAUACUUUUUGGUUUCUAGGGUCCCGUCAGGCCGGAUAAUUUACUGUUGUAAAAUCAUGGUUCAUUUAUUGUGAGGUAACUCAAAAUAAUUGCAAGGAAAUGCAAAACUAGGUCAAGAGAAUGUUUUCUCUUUUUUUUUUUUUGCAGUUUUGAAAAUAGGGAAACAUAACAGCCAUAUAGCAGGCAAACUUUUUAAUUGUAUAAUUUGAUUUUACACAAAUUUCUGUAACAAGUUUCCUUGUGUGGUUUAACAGCUUGAAUAAAGAUUAGUUGC